AUGAAGGCUGCUGCUGCUGCUCCAGAGCUUCACAGGCUACGCAGAAAACCUGCUCAGCGAGCGAGCCGUGCCCCCGGCACAGGCAGUGGGACCCUGCAUGUCCGCAGGGCUGACGGUGAGGAGAAAAAGGCUUGCAGGAGGAACAUCCCCACGCUGCAACCCACCCCCAAGGCUGGGAAAACGGAGGAGAGCUUCCAGCCCUGCUUGCCAGCCCUUUCGGAGCCCUGCGCCCCCCCGGGUGCUGCCCAGUGCAGCUCCCUGUGCCCGUGGCAGGCUGCCAGCGACGCCUCAGGCAGCAUCCCCACGCGGGCAGCGGAACCGUCCCCAGAACCCUGCGACGCCUGUGCCAGCGCCCAGGCCAGCCUGCGCGAGGUGGGCGAAGCCAUCACCAGCAUCUGCCAGAGCCACAACAUCCCCUCGGCUCUCAGCAGGUUCCAGCAGGUGGUGGCGGAGACCGUGGGGAGAAAGAUGCUCUCGGCAGCCGAGGUGAAAUGCUGGGCCUCGGAGCAAAGCAAGGACCUCUCCCGCAUCAGCAAACACCUCCACAGCCUGCUGGAGCUGCUCAAACCUCUGAAAUCCGAGCUGGCGGCGGCGAAGAAGCAGAGGGACGAGCUGCAGAAGCAAGCUGAGGACUUCGCCCGCCUGCUUCAGGUGGAGAAGGAGACCCAGGCGCAGCGGAGGAAGGAGGCUGAGCAGAGCCUGGAAGUCAAGAACAAGGAGCAUUUGGAGGCUGUAGCCAGGCUGGAGCGGGACAAGGACGACCUACGGAGAGGAGCAGCUUUGCUGGAAGAGCAAAUCUCUGCCUUAAAGGAAGCGCUGGCUGCCAAGCAGGCUGCUCUGCAGGAGCUGGAGAUGACCAAAAAGAGCUUGCUGGAGGACCUGAAGACCACGAUGGUGGCCAGGAGCCGGGUGCUGGAGCUGGAGGAGGAGGUGCGGCUGCUCACCGACCAGAAGGAGAGCCUGGGCCAGGAGCUGAGCGCGGUCACCACCCAGCUGGAGAAGGAGAAAGCCAAGGUGGAGAGCAUGCUGAGGCACAGAGAGUCCCUGCAGGCCAAGCAGAACGCCCUGCUGCAGCAGCUGGACAGCCUGGACCAGGAGCGUGAGGAGCUGCAAGCCAGCCUGGGGGAGGCCGAGGGGGACAGGGCCCGGCUGGCGGAGCAGCUGGAGGAGAGCCGGGAGCAGCGGGAGCAGAGCGGGCACCAGCUCCGGGCGCAACAGGAGCUGCUGGACACGCUGCAGCAGGAGAAGCAGAGCCUGGAGCAGUCCGUCUCCAAGCUGCGUGAGGAUGUUUCCAGGCUGGAGGAGCAGGCACAGGAGCUGAAGGAGCGGGAGAAGCUCCUGGUGUUCUUCCCUGAGCUCCACGUCCCCGUUGAGACACAGUUUGAGAGCACCGGGAACAUCGCCGAGGACAUGGAGAAGCAGCUGCAGGCCAACGACAUCAGGAUCAGAGUGCUGGAGCAGGAAAACACACAGCUCAGGGCCGCGCUGGCCAAAUUGAAGGCGGCUGCUCAGCAGGGCGUGCUGCAGCUCGUCCCACAGCCCCAGCUGUGGACUCAGCUCAGCAGCCAGCGUGGCGGGGAGGCCGCAGGGCCUCCAAGCAGCCAAGGCAGCGGGGACGGCGCAGGGGCACGCGGAGGAGCCACCAGCAGGGCCCGGCAGCGACCUCCUGGCAGCCAGCGCCCAAAGCCACCCUCUGCAGAACCCCCAGGCGAGGCCGGACCCUGCCUCUCGCUGCCAGCACGGGGUCUGCUGCUGGCCCCUGACCCCCGAGGGAGCAGCAGCAACGCUGGAGGAGCUCGCCCCUUCUCACACCGCACCGGCCCCCACCGCAAAUAGAUGCUGGGGGGAGCUCAGGCAGAACUGAAGCGCUAACGAGCAGCGCGCAGCUGCUCCCCCUUCCCUGCAGGACCUCGUUACCUGUUGCAAACACGACGGCACCUUCCUUUGGGACACCCGCUCUGCCUCCCCAUCGCUCCGAGCCCGAGGAGCAGCGUCACGCGGCGGCGUGGGGAGCCCGGGGAGCGGUGCCGUGGCAGCUGGGAGGCGGCAGCGGGGUUGCCAGCUGGCUGCCGGCUGUUGCUUCACCUUGUUUUCGGCAGGGACGCAACGAACCUGUUUGUGUGGUUUCCCUUCUUGUCCCUCUCCGUUGGGCAACGCCGCGGCUUUUGAUAAAGCAGGAGGCAGCGGGGCCCUGA